GUGUUUGCGCCCGAAUGUCGCUCCCUCCCCCUCUCCCGCGCAUUGGGUGUUGUGUGUGCGUGUGUGUGCGUUCCUCCAAUAUCCUGCUUCCUCUUCACCUGCCGAGUCGAGUACGAUAUAAUCCAACAAUUUCCUCUUCGGUAGUUGUGUGUGUGUGCGUGUGGAGUCGGUACACUAGACUACCACCAACCAGCCCGCUGCAGCUCGUUGCUUCAGUUCUCACUAGUUCUCAGUCGGUGGUUGAGCGUGACUGGCUGGGACAGUUUAUUUCGUUGGUUCAUUGUAUGAAGAGCGCAAAGCGGAUAACAUUAGACUAAGAACGACUACUUGCAUUCAUGGUACUUUGUUGUUGUAGUGGCAGUGGUCGUGUGGGAGUUGGCAUUUCUCUGUUAAAAUCUAGCCUACUUGAGCCUUAGGCUAGUGCUGGCUCGUGGAUAAUAGUGGUGCUGUGCUUUCUGUGUUCAAAGAAGUCGUCCAGUGCACGUGUUCCACGCGCGCGACUCCGUGUUGACUUUGUUGAUUGGUUGAUGUACAGGCUCAGAAAGGGACGUAAUUCUCUUCCUUGAACGGCACAGAGAAGUCGAAGUCUUUUAUUAACCAGCUAAAAUACGUGUAUCGAGUGACACCCGUUACACGGAAGUAAAACUUGUCACCGUCUUUGUAUUGAUUUGGAGAUUUUUUUCGCCAAGGAAGUUGUGUUCCACAAAUAGUUAAACAAGGAUUGAUUUCAAGGAAGGAUAUAAUUUCGAAAGGCUAUCUGCGGGAGGAAUAAAGGAAGAACUUCAGCUGUACUGUUGGCCAUGCGUUGCUGGGAAGUGAGGCAGUUGACUUUGUCCCAGACAGCAUGACGAUCGUGCCCUCCGAUCUACAGCAUGGGACGCGGGCGGACGUGCGCAGGAGACUACCACAUUCCGUUUAUGAACAAGGCCAGAGUUGAAAUUGAACGGAACAUCAAGGUGAACAAUGCAGAGUACAACGCACAAUUCGAGUAUGCGCUGAUCCCGGCCGUGUCCUCCCUGGAGCCCGUGGCCACUAUCAUUCCGCUGGUGUUUGUGCUCAGCAUAUCGGCCAUAAAGGAGGCCAUUGACGACUUCCAACGUCAUCGUAGCGAUGACCAGGUUAACAACCGUAGGACAUACGUCCUUCGCAAUGAAGAGAUUGUGGAGGAGAGGUGGCACAAGGUCAAGGUCGGGGACAUCAUCUUGCUCAAGAACAACGACUACAUUUCUGGAGACCAAUUUAAAAGUCCGUCAAGCCUUAGAAGAAACUGCUGAAAUGGGAGAAGAUCUCCACAAACUUGCUGCAUUUGAUGCUGAAAUUGUGAGUGAGCCGCCGAACAACCGUCUUAGCAAGUUUGAGGGUAAAAUGAUGUGGAAGAGCAAAACGUUCGCCAUCGACAAUGAGAAGAUCCUGCUGCGAGGCUGUAUCCUGCGCAACACUCAGUGGUGCUACGGGCUGGUGGUCUUUGCAGGGCGUGACACCAAGCUCAUGAUGAACAGCGGCAAGACCAAGUUCAAGCGGACUAACAUUGAUCGUUUAAUGAAUCUUCUUAUUUUAGGUAUUUUUGCUUUCCUGUUGACCAUGUGCCUGAUUUGUACGGUUGCCUGUGGCAUCUGGGAGACCAUGACGGGCCACGACUUCCAGGUGUACCUGCCCUGGGAGAGCUUUGUGUCAGAGGACAAGGAGAAGGGAGCCACGACAAUUGCCGUCCUCGUGUUCCUUUCUUACAUCAUUAUUCUGAAUACUGUAGUGCCUAUAUCGUUAUAUGUCAGUGUUGAAAUAAUCCGUCUAGCCCAUAGCCUUUGGAUCAACUGGGAUGUAAAAAUGUACUAUGAAAAGAGUGAUACUCCUGCCAAAGCACGCACAACCACUCUGAAUGAAGAACUGGGGCAGAUUGAAUACAUCUUCUCUGAUAAAACAGGGACCCUCACUCAGAACAUAAUGACCUUCAACAAGUGCUCUAUAAAUGGAAGAUCCUAUGGAGACCCAGUGGAUGCUGAGGGGAAUGCUUUGGAAAUCUCAGAGAACACUCCUAAAAUUGACUUGUCGUGGAACCCCUAUGCAGAAAAAGAAUUUGAAUUUUAUGACUCGAAGCUGGUUGAAGAAGUGACCAACAACAAUGAAAAGACCCACCUGUUCUUCACCCUGCUUGCUUUGUGUCACACUGUCAUGGCAGAGUUCAAGGAAGAUGACACCUUGGAAUACCAGGCGCAGUCUCCAGAUGAAGGGGCUUUGGUUGGAGCAGCCCGCAAUUUUGGCUUUGUCUUCAAGUCUCGAACACCCAGCACCAUCACCAUUGAGGUGCUUGGACAAGAAGAAACCUACGAGCUUCUUUGCAUUUUGGAUUUCAACAAUGUCAGGAAGCGUAUGUCGGUGAUCGUGAGGAAGAAUGGAAAGGUGAUGUUGUUCUCCAAAGGUGCGGACACAAUCAUGUUUGAUCUGCUGAGUUCAAAAUGCGAUGAGCUGAAAGAGUUGACCACGCACCAUCUGAACGAUUUUGCCCAGACAGGGCUGCGAACCCUUGUGUUGGCUUACAAAGAGAUCGAUAUCAGCUACUUUGACAGAUGGCUGAUAAGACACCAUGAAGCCAGUACUGCCAUGGAGGACAGAGAUGGCAAGCUGGAUGCUAUCUAUGAGGAAAUAGAACAGGACAUGAUCUUGAUUGGUGCAACAGCUAUUGAGGACAAACUUCAAGAUGGUGUCCCGGAGACUAUUGCCAAUUUGGCCCUCGCAGGCAUCAAAAUCUGGGUUCUCACAGGGGACAAACAAGAAACUGCCAUCAACAUUGGCUACUCCUGUCGGUUACUAACAGAUGAAAUGGAGGAGCCAUUUAUUAUUGAUGGGGAAUCAAUGGAGGAAGUGGAGUCACAGAUGAAACAGGCAUUAGAAGACAUUGAUGCAGCCAAAAAUAGCAAAAACCAUGUGGGAUCAGAGGUUACUUUCCGCAACGGCAAUACCAAUUCUAAAAUGAACAGCACCUCUGCUUCUGGCAAUAUUGAGAAUGGUGAUGUUGGGGAGACUGGCGAGGAUGAGGAGUAUGGAGAAUUUGCCUUGGUCAUUAAUGGCCAUAGUUUGGCCCAUGCCUUGAAGCCAGAGCAGGAGCUGACAUUGCUCAAUCUGGGCUGUAUGUGCAAGGCAGUGAUCUGUUGUCGGGUGACACCGUUGCAGAAGGCUUUGGUGGUGGACCUGGUCAAACGCCAUAAGAAGUCCAUCACAUUGUCCAUAGGAGAUGGGGCCAACGAUGUCAGUAUGAUCAAAGUUGCCCACAUUGGCAUAGGCAUCAGUGGCCAGGAGGGCAUGCAGGCUGUGCUGGCCAGCGACUACUCCAUCUCACAGUUCAAGUACCUGGAACGCCUUCUCCUAGUCCAUGGCCGCUGGUCUUACCUGCGCAUGUGCAAGUUCCUCCGCUACUUCUUCUACAAAAAUUUUGCCUUCACCCUCUGUCACUUCUGGUUUGCAUUUUUCUGUGGAUUUUCGGCUCAGACGCUGUUCGACCCAUACUUCAUCUCGUUGUACAACGUGUUCUACACUUCACUGCCUAUUCUUGUGCUUGGUAUAUUUGACCAGGAUGUUGAUGACCAUUACUGCAUUCAGUACCCAAAGCUUUACGAGCCUGGAAUGAAAAAUGCCCUCUUCAACAAAAAGAAAUUCUCGUGGAGUGUGACAGAAGGAGUGAUUUCAUCGCUAAUUUUAUUUUUCUUACCCUAUGGGACUUUCCGUGAAAGUGUUGACACAGGUGGAAUGGAUGUAACAGACACCCAAUCGCUUGGUACAGUUGUGGCAGCCAUACUGGUUGUCACAGUCAAUUUGCGGUGUGCCUUGGACACAAGCUACUGGACAGGCUUCAACCAUUUCACAAUCUGGGGCAGCAUCAUCUACUACUUCUGCUUCCACCUGGCCUUUUACUCGGACGCCAUCCGCUACAAGUACUCAGGUGUGGCUCUCAAGGUGUUUGGCCUGCCCAAAUUCUGGCUGUGCCUGCUCAUCACCAGCACGCUGCUUAUCUUGCCUAUGGUUGCGUACCGCUUCUACAUGACCAACGUCACCCCAACGCUCUCAGACCGCGUGCGCUUCAAGCAGGGUAUGAAGAAGUCCAAGUCCAGGACAGGUCGUGACCUCCGCAUGCGUCGCCAGUCCACUAUCCGUCGCAGCACACGCUCGAUGAGGUCAGGCUAUGCGUUCGCCCACCAGGCUGGCUUUGGCGAGCUGAUCACCAGCGGCUUGAACAUGAAGGAGCGUGUCAUGACCCCUUUGAACGUGGUGCUGACCAAAGUCUCCAACUGGGCGGAGCAUGCAGGGCAUGGUGGGCACCAUGGUGACUCAGGGCACCAUUCAGGGACCAGGGUCAGCACACACGAACCCAAACUCACAGCGUUCAGUUCUCCCAAUGCCUCUGCUACUGCCACCGUUUCAGAUAGUUUGGCACCACCCAAAAAGUCUCCAACAAGAUCAAGUCCUCCGGCAAAGCAUGAAAUGUCCCCCAACUUGCACACUCGGACAGCAGCACCACCACCAGCAGCACCACCACCAGCAGCAGAAGCAACAGCAGCAAAACCUUCUCCGCCCCUUGACGAUGGCCCUGCUAACAACAGCUCUCAAAAACUAGAGAGUGAACAGAUCAUUUUUGUGGAGCGGUUGUGACAACACACACACGCUGACAGAAACGCAAUGCAUGUUGUUUGUUUGUGGUUUUGCUAUUCAGGUUUAUUGUGAUAAAGUGCAAAUAUAUUAACAUAAUUUCUUAUACAUACUUUAUAUAUAUCUAUAUAUCUCUAUAUCAUGAGUACGUAUGUCAUGACAAAAUGCAGGUCAAUUCGAUGUUUUGUACAAGCAUUUACCCUUUUUUUUUUUUUACUUGAUUGCAAAAAGAAAAGCUUGAAAGUGUAGAUCAGUAUUUGAAGUAUCAAUGGGCUUGUCUGAAAGUAAACUUUUUAGCAAUACUGGUUUACAAGUGUGCGUGUUUCAACAAUUUAUGUGUGAAUUUGAAAAGUAAACUUUGUUACUUUCCCCUCAGUGUUGCUACAAACAAGUGGAUUUCAAAAUCUUCUUUCUUUUUAAUGAGUGGAAAUGAUAUGUUUGUAAAUCCAGUUCCUAAGCUUGUCAGUGACACUUGGAUUUGGUCCUUCUUCUUUCCACUUUUGAAAAAUAGACCGGACAGACUAAGUGAGUCUAGAUUAAUUUAGUGACUUCUGUACAUAUUUUCAGUUUUGUUUGAAUAGCAUUUUGACAAUUUAUUCAGGGUUUUUUUACCCAAUCAAUUCAGUCACAGAUUUGUCAGAAUUUAGAGGCAUGAAUGAAGGGAAACUUCUCUAAUUUUUAGUGUUGCCAUUCUUACAAGAGACAUAAUACUUUCUUAUUGACAGGGAAUGUAGGGCAAGCAAGACCUAAACAAAAGUGUUCAUCAACAAACUCAUUUUGUGUCAAAGGCAGCAGAAAGAUAAUACUAUAUUCAACAUUGAAACAUAAUUACGGAAACUGAACAUAUUGGGGUUUAUUUUGUUGUAGCUUUAGUUUUAUAUGAAUUCCUGGUCACACAAGACUGCUUAUCAUUUAUUAUUAUUUACACGCUUUUCACUAUAUUCUUUUCAUUUUAAGCUAUAGAGUGAAACCAGACCCAACAGUUGUACAUUUAAAUACUAGAUUAAAAGAUAUGACUAUUCAAAUGUCCCAUUAAAGUCUUGUCUCCUGGGUGGCUAGAGCAUGCAGGAUUCAGAUUGAAGUCUAGACAAUCUGACUUGAGAUUUGAUGGACAUUAGUUGGGCUCGUAAAGGAUUGCUCAGUAUUUCAGAACGGACCCUGAGUUGACAACAAAUUUAUAACAAAAAUCAAUGGAAGAUUUUUUUAUUUUAUUAUUUAUGAUGCGCUGUACAACUAUUUUUGCAGAUGUUAUGGUUUAUUGGUAUGUGCUCAAGUCUCUGUAGUGAUUACGUUAUUAGUAUAUUUUAGACCUAAAAUGCUACUUGGUGAGUCUAGCAAAGCAGUUCCCUGAAGUUUGCUUUGAAAAUAGAUUAGAAAAAUCAUAGCUUAGCACGUUAUCAAUGUCAUUCAGUCAGCAUUGCAUUUUUUGGUCCGUUUUGUGACUAGUAACAACACCAUUUCCUUUCCAUUUUAUUAUGAUGUGUCUACUUUUCAUAUCAUAAUGUCUUUCCCCUUUACACUUUUCCAUGUAUGAUUGUAUUUCAUCCAUCAGUUUGUGGUUCAUCCAACCCACCAUGUCUGUUUAAAGUCUAAGAAUGGUAAGCAUAUUUAUAUGUGUACUCGCACUCACACACAUACACGCACACAGGCACGUACACACACACACACAAACACACACAUACACACACACACACACACUCACUCACACACACACACACACACACACACACACACACACAAAUUUGCUUGUAUAAACUCACCAACAUUCUUACUAUGUGUACAUAGGGACUCUUAUCGAUCGGUAGACACAUGCAAUUGCACACUCACAUACGUGCACAUGUUGUUACAGACCAGUGCAUAUUUGUUAACACAGAGCCUGCAUAAUAUGUAUGGCAAUAUUGUCAUUAGUUUUUAAAGCCCUUUUUCUGUCUUUUUCUUUCAUAUCGCAUUUUGCAAUGUAUAGUGUUGACUUGUGAAGAGAAAGCAAGUGAUAUAAGGCUUACAAUACUUGUACAAUGGGACUGAAUAACAAAAAGUGAGUGCAAGAAAUUGUAAACUAAAUGUUCCUGUGUAUUGUUAGUGUUAAAGUUAUGUGUGCGAAAGAAUCAUUGUUUUUCUCAGAUGAUUUGUAAAUAACUGCUGCCCUUGGGUAAGUCGGGGCUCCUAUUUGUAUGCAAUUUGUUGUUUUCAGAAACAACUCCAGUAUAGGUAAUUUCUCUGAAUAGAUGACAAUAGCCUUGAAAUAAUCUUAAGUACUUCAGGACUAAAUGAUAAUUCUUUCUAUUGUAAUCUAUGCACUUUUUCUGAGUUCUGAGUUUUCCUAUGCUCGCAAUUUUUAAUAAAGCGAGUGUUGCACUUUCUUCUAAGAUUGAUCAAAUGAAUCAGAUUAUUUACAAUAUGCCUUAUGAAAAUGCCAUCCAGUUUGUUUGAUGCUUUUUUUUUUAUGAAUACAAAUAUGAUGGCUUUAAAGUUGUCCUUGUCAUUAUAGAGUAAAAAUAAGUUGCAGUGAA